UCCCAGUCAAGCGAUCGCUACUUGCGUAGAAAAACGGAAACGCUGCUGUUAGCACUGGACUAACAGGCGGCUCAGACAGGUGACGUUAGGCUCGUUAAACGUUUGUUUUUUAACAAUGGCGGAAAGCAGGACGGUUGGCGGGCAACGCGCUUAGCUAACGCAUCAUCAUCAAAUGCAGUCAAAUCUGAAAUCUGCCUGGCCCUCGACUUGCAACUCGGGAAAUAGCGAGAACUGGAAUAACAGUAUGGAUGCUCCUCAGUAUCCAGGCUACCCAUCACACUACUGGUAUCCUCAGUCUCACUCCACAGGGCACUAUGCAAAUACCUAUCCCUCCGGAUCAGAUGUUCAGCCACAGUACAAUCCACAGGUAAUGCCUGGUGGUUAUCCAAAUGGUCAUGGUGUCUACAGUCCAGCGCAGGGUCAAUAUUCAACAGGUGGUUUCCACCCAUCCAACCCAUUCUACUGUGCUGACCCUCAGAGACCGGCUCCAGGUCCUUAUCCUAACCAGGGCUGCCCAGCGGAGCAGAGCAGCGGGCCAUCUGGGCAGCCACACUCUCAACACCAACACCAGCACCAUCACUAUCCUGGCCCACACUGUCAAGGGGGUCCUGGAUAUCCUGCUGGACCGUACCCUCACUACAGCGAAAGUGGUCACGCAAUGCCCCCAAACCCCCCAUACCCCUCUGGCCAGCCUCUCCACCCGAGCCCCCAGGCCGAUGCGUGGGCGCACUCUGGCGCAUAUGCCCCCUCACAGCAGCAGUGGCAGCCAGGCCAGCAGCCUCCACAAAACCACUACGGAAAUCCUGUCCGUCCUGCACACCCUCCAGCAUGGCCAGGGACUGGAACUGGCGCUCCACCCCCUUACCAACCCAAGGACCAACAGCACCAACGCGCCCCACAAGUGGGACCUAAACCCAGGCCGAGCCCAUCCCCGAAUCCCCCAAAUGGAAAGCCUGCUGAAAUAAGUUCACCUCCCCAAAUGUACAACAAAUCCGGGAGAGGUGAGCCUAAUCCUUCGCAAGGUGAGCCCCCGGCCCCGGCCCCAGCUCCAGCCCAAGCUCCAGCUCCAGCUCCAGCUCCAGGCCAGGCUGGACCUCAGCCCCUGAGCCAUAAUCCCGGCCUAGCUAGGGUCCAGCAGGUCAUGGCUAGAGUGCUGCUGCUUCAGGAAGAUGUUGAUGAGUUUGUCGGCAAAAAGACAGACAAGAGCUAUCGGUGUUUGGAGGAACUGCUGACCAAAGAGCUGCUGGUGCUGGACUCUGUGGAGACUCAGGGACAGGAGAACGUCCGGCAAGCCCGAAAGGAGGCCGUACAGAGGAUCCAGGUCAUUCUGGACCAGCUGGAGAAGAAAGCCUUCUGAACUGGACUUACUUGUUGGUUUGUGGGUCUUGCUGUUUUCUUCUUCCAGAUCUUCCAUGGACACAAUGAGGGUCUGGUCUUGGUCCUCGGAGCUGUGUUAUCUUAAGGGUUUUUUCCAACACUGACAUAAAAAGCUGAAUUUUCAUGGACCCAAGAACAAGCUAAAGCAACCACUGUGACAUGGAAUCAGCCUAGUUAUGCUGGUAUAAGUGAUAUGGUGGCGUUAGAAGUGCAGACCGAUGGUUGUACAUAUCAUUAGUGACGUUCAGCCUCAGUGAGUGACUGCGCUGACUACACAACCUGACACUCUUGCUCAGCUCAUCUUUUCUGCCAUGCCUUUGCCAGCAUAAUGCAGGACAGAGUCACUGGAAGAGGAAUUCAUUUAGUGCCACAUUACAACUGUUCUCUAACCUGUGAUUCAGAUAAACGUCAUGCUGUCCCUCAGGACCGUGGGUCACUUUUAGUCUGAUCCUACAUCUAACAACACGUGCACUUCGUUAGCCGUCUACUAAUACAUGUCACAGCCCAUUUGCAUGAUCACGAUGUUGUCUUCGCCCUCCAAUAGAGGCCACACACUUAGUUGCCCACAGUCACUUCUGUCUCCACGUGUAUGUAGGAAUAGGUGCAAUGCUUUCCUUUUUCAAUUGUGCUCCCAGCCCUGCAUGCACUGUAAUGUCAGACAAACACUCGAUACAGUCACGACAUUUCCGAGCUGAAAAAUGGGCCUAGAGUGUAGCAGAUUAGUGAAAACCCCCUAAAGAUUGCUGUCCCAAUUAUUCCAUCUGUGGGAUGAAACUGCUGUGCAGACCUAGAAUCAGACCUACAUAUGAAUGCAAUGUUUCACUCUAGGAACUACUGUUAUUACAGAUAUUACAUGAAGUUUAAGAUUUACUUGAGAAGCUGUUAUGUUCUUUCUAUCCCUUUUUGAACAAUUAGAAUAUUUAUAGAAAUAAGAAGCGAGUUGUAUUUUCUGAAUUAAACAUUCAGUCAGUUGUUGUAAAGGAUAACAGAAAGGACGCGCUUCAACAUUUUCAGUAAUGUUUUGUGCUGAAAAACAAGGACAGUGUUAGUCACAGCACCUGGAUCAGUUGUUUUGACCUCGUUUGUGUUUUCUCUAGCACUCACAUUCUUGUUGCAUCAAAUCCAGAUUUGCACCACAAUCCAUGUUGUUUUGUAGAGCAAGUCUUUCUUUUUCAGUGGUUCUUGAUGUGUUGAUUUAGGAAAAAAAAGAGUGCCAUAUUUCAGGGGAUGGUUUUAUAUGAUUAGAAAAAAAAAUAAAAAGAAGAUCACAAGCUUUGCAUGAAAAAAACGACAUCAGCAUCUGUCAUAUGUUCAUUUUCCUGUGCUGGUACGUUUCUGUUCAAACGGAGCACAACUGUACAGUUCCAGAUGUUAUGCAUGUUUCCAACACGAGACGGGAAUCUUUGCCUGAUACAUAUUGAAAUUAUUACAAGUGAGAAAAUAGCAGAGAAAUAA